AUGGCCGCUUCUUACCAUACUCGCUCUAACAGUUUACCUUCUAGACAUCACCCCAUCACUUGUGAAGUUGAUCAGCAUUUGAGCAGAUUAAUUGCUUCUGAAUUUACCUCCAUGUCAUCAUCAUCAAUCAUCAAUCAGAUCUAUAGCCUUCAAGAGUUGCAUGAUUGCGUUGAUAAGUUGCUUCAGUUAUCCCUGGCUCGCCAACUAAAGCAAUCUGUUGAUGAGUUGCUGAAUGGAUCUCUUAGACUCUUGGAUAUCUGCAGCAUUGCUAAGGAUGCCUUGUUGCAAACAAAAGAGUCUGUUCAAGGACUUCAAUCCAUUUUCCGCAGAAGAAGGACUGAUGAUAUUGAACUUACAAGUGAGGUUACAAAAUUCUUGACCUCCAGGAAAGCUCUGAAAAAGACCAUCCAAAAGGCCUUGAAGAAUUUGAAAGGCAUUAAAAGCCAAAAAUCCUCUCCAAUCUCUGAUGAACAUGAGACGAAGGCCACGAUUAGCAUGUUAAGAGAGGUUGAAGCAGUCACUUUCAAGGUCAUUGAGUCAUUGUUGUCCCUUAUUUCAGGGCCAAGGGCUUCAUCAAAGCUAAGUAUCAUUUCCAAGCUAAUGCAGCCAAAGAAGGUAGCAUGUGAAGAAACAGACAUAACCGAGUUUCAAAAGGUGGAUGCUGAAUUGUCUAGUAUCGUUUCUUACAAGACAAGUAAAUCUGAUAACAUUCAAAAUCAACUUAAAAAGUUGGAGUUAAACGUUCAAGAUCUUAAGGAAAGACUUGAGUCUUUGACUAGACAUUUAAUUAAUACAAGAGUAUCUCUUCUCAAUAUCAUCAAUAAUUAG